UUCAACUAAAACGCGUACAAAUGUGGCACCUCUCUGCUAGUCGCUGUUAUUUCACAUACAUUCAUGAGGACUUACCCUUCGGCGUUCCCUCUGAAUUCUCCGUGACAAGUGGACAUGCAUAUGCUCGUUAAAUUGAUUUUCAUAACGGCGGCAUAUAUGCAUAAUAUUGCCAGAGCAAGCGGUGUCUGUGGAAAACCAGAACUGGCAGAAAACACAGUACCUGUGUCAGACUUAUUACAUAACAUUGGUGCCAGUAUUCGCAUUCAGUGUGCAAAGGGCUACGUAAGGAAAGCAGGAACAUCCAGCCUGAUCCGAUGCACUCAACAACAAAAUCACAAUGCAUCCUGGCACUCUGAACUUCCUCUCAAGUGUAUACUUGAUCCCAAAAAUCCACAAGUGGCCACAACAGAGACCCAAAGUCCUCAUCAACCAUUCACAUCAUCCACCACAGAAAGAACAGCAAGAAAGCAUCCCACACUUCAUGGCACAAGCUCGCCAACCACAGCAACAGGGCAUAUAGCUUUGACAACAACAAAUGAAGUUGUCACAACCAAAACAAGAAGAACCACCAGCCAGCCAACUUUGAUGAGCACAACAAAAGAGACGGAGUCUAUUACAACAACCAAUGAGACAACAACCAGCUACACAAGCAGAGAAUAUAUGACAACAACAUCGUCACAUACGCUGUCAGGAGUCAAUGCAUCUGUGAGGACCUCAACUAUUUCUGAAGGAAGAAAUGCAGUGGCAGCCAUUUCUAAUGGUUAUACAUCAACAGUAGGUGGAGUUACAGGCAUAAUUCUCCUUUGCCUGGUGGCAGCAGUAUUAAUUUUCUUGUGGUUAAGACGUAGAAAUCAUAGAAACCAGAUUGUAUAUCACCCCAAACCAGAUCCCUGCACUUCCUACAUACCUUUACCAGUCUGUGCAUCUGAACACAGUUCGGCUCAAUCAAACAAAGCAGCUGAAAACUCCACAGAAGCCUCUGUCACUGACAAAAAUCCAGGUGCGGACACUUGUGAUGAGCUCCUCCCACAAACAGACUCCUGAUAAGCCUUGUUCAGACUGUCAGUCCAAAUCUAAUUUUUGUGCAUAUCUGAUUGGAAUCUGAUCAUAUUUAGCAAGUGUGAACAGGAAAAAGAAAUCACAUGAAAUACCAUUUUUGCAAAUCUGUUUCAAGAUACUUUAAUUUGUGGCCUAUUCAGAUCACAUUUCUGGAAAUCUGAUUCAAGACUCUUGAUUGGAUUUUGCCACGUUCUCAUGCCAUGUUUAAUGUAAAUACAUCAGAUAUUGUUUGUAGAAAACACGCCAAAUGUCUUUGCAAAAACAAGGUUGUGUUGUUUUGAAGUGCAAGUCGAGCAGAAAUGUACUGCUCAAUAUACUGCUAGACUGCACACCUCUUUUAAUUGAGACUGGUGGAGACAGUAACAUGGAAUAAAGCCACUGCCUCAUAGGAGAUGUAAUAAUCCAGUAAUAAUACAUAAUAAUCCAGAACAGAUAAUAUAGCUAAUCCAGUAAUAAUACUGUAGGUAAUAAUCCAGAGCAAUGGCAACAAUGUCAUGUUGUCUUACAACACAAAAGAGCAUCACGGGACACACAAAUCGAAUCUGAACAGUUGGGAUACACAGUGUGGACAGUCAUUUAGAUCAGAAUCCAGUCAGAUACACAAAUACUUCACACUCCAUGAAAUACACCACCCUAAAUGCACAUAUUUGAUCAACAUCCAUCUACAUGUACCUCAUCUCAC